GCCUUUUUCGCAACGCUGAAAAUUCACCAGGCCGGCAAGGAGCACUGGCGUUAAAAUUAGGGAGCCUCCCCCAUCUGAUUCCAUCCCGACUGGCUGUCUGUGCUUUGGAGCAUGUACCAACGAGGUGGGCUCCUCACAAUCUGACCAAAGAAACCGACAUUGCCACGACAACAACGUCUACACCACCAUCACCCCAUCUUCAACCUUUGAGCUUCGCACACCAUUACGGUCACGAACGGAAUACCAUUCAGCCAUCGGACGAAGAUUUCAGAUUAAUUGAAUUGAUCCUAUCUUUCUUUUUCUUUUGGACAAUACACGAAGGUGGAGAUUUAAUUCGGACCAAUUGUGCUUUGCAUUCGACUGUGCAACGCCUUCCCAGCCACUUUGACGCGUCCGAUUUCGAAAUUUUUCGACCCGAUCAUUCAACCACUGCCGCCCUCUCUCGGCCGACGUACAAUUGGGACCAUCAGGCGUGCGACGGACCAGUGUGCUACGGGUACAACAUACACUCGCGAUAGAAACGAGGAGAAUAGCUAGGGAGCGUCGGAGGAUUUGGCAUAGCUGCGCUCUGCGCGACAAAACCCCAAAUGUCGGGAUUCGGCAAUUUCGGCCCCUUUUGUGAGGGUUCAACCUUGCCUGUGUGCAAUGUUCUAAACAAGGACAACACAGGCCAAAGGGGAGGAUGGGGAGGGUGCAACCUGAAGGGCAUACUACUCCCUAAUAACCAAUACCUCGGAAACUUGGGUGUAAUUAUGGUCUGCGUUGUCGCUAUCGUGGUGGCUUUAUAUUUACUGCUGCGGUCAGAACGCAAGAAGGCUGCGGUCGGACGAAGAGAGAUGCAACUGUUUCUCCUGGGCUACAUUGUGAUCCAAAUUUGCGAGAUCUUCACUGUUGGCGAAAUCUCACCCUUGUCCGAGACAGUUCGAGUGGCAUUUACUGGUAUUCACCUCGGCUUUAUCAUUGCAACAACAUGGGUUCUCAUGCUCAACGCAGUCGUGGGCUACCAGAUCAUUGACGAUGGCACGCCACUAUCUCUUGGGCUACUGGUGCUUUCAGGCCUGGUUCUCUUGAUCGGCACCGGCUACAUCACUCUAGAUACGGGUUUUGGAUGGACUGGUUACUGGAACGAGAGCAAGGAGGAUUACCAUCACAUCGCUCUCUACGUACUAUACCAGCUGGCCCCCCUCAUAUUCAUUGUUGCCUUCUUUGUCCUCGAGGCAAUUCUGGUCUUGAGAGUACUCCAGGAGACGAAGCCUAUGAUUUAUCUCGUAGGCGCCGGCCUCCUGUUUGCUCUGGGGCAAAUCUUCAACUAUGUUGUCAGCCGGUACAUUUGCAACGGCACCAACGGCAACAUUGACGGCUCACUUUUCCAGACCAUCUUCACCCUGGCGUCAGUCGUUAUGGUAUGGAUAUUCUGGUCAAGCAUCACCGAGGAUGACUGGCCAAUGCCCGUGGGUUCAACUUACCCAUAGGAUGGGACUACCUCGGAUAACCUCGAGGGCAGUGGCGAGAAACCAGAAUCAUCCUGAAACAACAAAACAACUCAUCAGCAUAUGAAAGAAAAACCACGCCAUCAAAAAAGAAAAAAAAGGAAUUUGAAGUGUCAUUGCGGAGGCCUAUUCCUCAGCAAUUCUCAUCACUUAAAAGCCGGUUAGGGAUGAGGGCCCCUAAGAAGGUGUACAUGCGAAGCCCUCAUCUUUUUUCUAUAACUAUUAACGAAAUAAUCAAUUCAAUCUUCACGACAGCCUACCUUCUACAUCUCUAUCAAUCGGCUAUUUGCGAUUGUACACUAGCAACAUGCCAACGAACCGGUCUUGGCUCAUGCUCCAGAGGAGUCUGGCGCCUUUGUCUAUACGUCUGUUGUGAUAUUGGGAGGUGACUGUCGGGGAAGCACUGAUUCUAAUAACUUGUACGGCGUGUGUGACGUACGGAGACAUUUUAUAAACCUCCUUGACGAUGACUUUUAUAGCGGUUCUGUAUAGCCGUAUUUUGGUUUUCUGCUCUUUUCCGUCAGUCGAUAGCGGAAGUAUGUAUACCCCUUGUUACUAGAUAGUCUAUUUCGCGAUUAUGAGCAUCAGGGCAGGGCGAUGUGCUUAGUACAGUGGAAAUCUGAUAGACAAGAGCAUUGACCCUUUGCAACAGAGUCUGUCCAGUCGCUUGUCACCAUUGAUUGUCAACUCGAAUGACUUAUCAGCUCACACAUUGCAUUCGUUUACCG